AUGGAAUAAUUAUAUUAAGGAAGUUGUCAUUGUUAAAAGGUUCAAUUUGAAUUUUCAGGACCUCUUGAAAUGGAAGUAAUCAGAUGCCAUUGUUCAAUUUGCAAAAUGAAACAAAAUCAUCAUGUUUUGAUUCACGAUUCUAAAUUUAAGUUAUUAACAAGUAUGGAAGAACUUAGUCUCUAUACAUUCAAUACAAAGCAAGUAUAUUUAAUUUAUUUAAUAUCUUAGGCUAAGCAUUACUUUUGUAAAACUUGUGGAGUAUAAUCCUUUUUUUAUCCAAGAUUCAAUCCUAAUAUGAUAGCUAUUACUAUCUAUUGUGUUUAAAUACCAUCCAAUGUUAAGUUGACAUAUGUGACUUAAGGACUUGAAUAAUCAAUUAAAGAAACUAUUAAACAAUGA